CGACACAACCCCCGGCUCAGUAAUGUUGGAUACACUGUGAGAGUGAGCUGUACCUUGCCUCUACAAUAACCUGCUCGAGGACACACACUGCACACACACCCGGCUGACAUGGACGAGGCCGACCUGCUGAAGGAGAGGCUCCAGGCCAUCACGGACAAGAGGAGAAUCCAGGAGGACAUUGCCAAGAAAAGGAGAGAGAUCGAAGAGGAAAAAUUAAAACUCCAGUAUAUAAAGAAGAAAGCCUUGAGGGAGCAUUGGCUGAUGGACGGCCUGAGUCAGCAGUCGGAGCAGGAACAGGAGGCCAUGAGGCUUCAGAUUCAGGAUGAACAGCAGCAGAGUGAUCAGCUGCAGAGCCACAUCCUCAGUAAAGAGGAGGAGGUUAAGACCUUGGAGGAACAGGAGCUUAACAUAUCUGCCAAUGAAGAAGUUGUCCUGAAGCGGUUAAAAGAGGUGGAGAGGACUGCUGAGGACAUUAUAAAGGAGCUAAAUGCAGAUUACCAGACAGAUGUGACACAUCAUCUUCCCUCACCACUCCCAGAUAUCCCAACAUUCAUCCCACUUACACCAGCAGAAACCCCUCCUAUAUGUAAGCCUGGAAGUGAAGAAACAAAGAAAGCUACAUUUGCGAUGGAGAUCAAUGUGGAGCAUGAUAAGAGAACAGGCAAAAGCCAAGUCGUCUCUACAGCGUCUAUCACCCCAGAAAUUAUCCAAGGAAGGGGGUUAAAAGUGUACGAUGAUGGGCGCAAGUCUGUUUAUGCACUUCAUCCAGAUGGAAGCAAAAUGGACAGUGGAGCAGUUGGAGAGAUGACGACCACAGAGGUAGAAGAGCUGCUACGUCAGGCUACAGAUAAGAACAUCCCCACAGAGGUGAAGUACCAUCAGCCUGUCUACUCUCUACCCUACACAGGCAGCAGCAGGCCUUCAACACCUAGUACACCAAAUAAAACACAGAGGCAAAGCCCAACACCCAGCUGUAGCCCCUCCCAGAGUGCUGUUUCAUCCAGAAACAGCACUGAAGUCCUCACAGAGGAAAACCAGCAUUGUAACGACCUAGAGGGAUGGAAAACCCAGAGGAAGACCCUGAGCCCUAGCCUCAUCCAAAAAGACUCCAUGACAAGAUUCCAAAUAUCUGGAGAAGAAACCAAGCUGCCCUUUUUCCACAUUCCAGAACAAUCAAAGAGUGACAAACAUGUAAUUCCACAACCUGACAUUAGUGCUAAAACUCCACGAGGACUCACCAACUACGCGACAGGUAGCCUUCUAAACGCAGCAGCUCUUGUCUCAAUUAAAGCUAGGUCUGAAGAAAUGCCAGCACCCAUUCAACCGGUCUACAGGGCUGUAAAUAGCCAUAGUCCUUCACUUGGCAGGCUCAAGUCUGAAGGUGAACCUGAUACCUUGAUAGAGAGCUCAAGGGAUUUGAACAGACCCUCACCCUUCUGUGCAGAGAGUACCUCUUCUCUGAACCUGGUAGAUGAGCUAGAAUCAGCUCCUGUCACAAUGAUUUUCAUGGGCUAUCAGAAUGCUCAGUAUGAGGAGGAAGACAUCCAGGCUGAACUGAUUAUCAUCACUAAUAGCGAUGAUGAUGAUGGUGAUCAUGAUGAUGAUGACAAGGCCAAGUAUGUUAAAAACAUAAGUGAUGGGGAGGAGCGUCUCUCAUACCACCCGGAGGGAUACAAGAGUAAAGUCUUCCAACCGAAAGUCGGAAUAGCGAAGGUUACAGGCUGCAGAGACAUUAUAGAAGACACCUACACACACGAGGAUGAUUUGGAGCUCCACAAGCCAACAUUUAUCCAUAUGCCUGGAAAACAGAGUCCCUACCUGCAGGGACAAGCUUUGGAUGUGUCAGCAAACACAGGCAGCAUCAAUAUGGAGAAGAUGAAACUCUGCUCCACGGGAAGAUGAGACAGGUUGCUUGGAAACGGCAACACUGAAGAAAUAAUCUAGUAAUAGAAUUUCUUUCUUUCUUUUUUUUGUAAUCUAUGUCACAAAUUUUGUGUCAGUCAGUCCUUGUUCCUGAGUGAUUCAGAAAGCUUUAUUGCCACCUCCUGGCAAAUUAGUUUCAUUACACACUUCAUAGUCACAUUAACUACAGCAACUGCAACUUUUCCUUUUACAAUACUAGACUAAUAUUUCUGAUCAUUAGUGACUGACUUGCUUUCUACUAAGUCUAAAACUAAAUGUCAUAUAUUUACAUAAUAUAAUACAUUGAUGCCUACUAAUACAUUUAAAGGGAUAGUUUACCCCAAAAUGAGUUUCAGGGGUAAACAGUGUUGCAGCCAAAUCCAAUACAAUUGAAGUAAAUGGUGAACACUUCUUCAAUCGCAAAAAAACAUGAGAAUAAAAACACAAAAUGCCUCCAUACGGCUCUUGUGUUGUCAUCCAAGUGUCCGUAAGCCCCGACAUUCAAAUUUGACUUGAAACGGUAUCUUUUACCCCAUGUUUUUAGCCUAAAUAUCCUCUGAUAUUCUCCUCCAGAGCCAUGUUUGUGCCUGGAUGUAACCGAAAGUACACAGACUUGUACUCUUACAUUAAUCAUGGUCGUUUUUCCCUAAGUUAGGUUCCCUUAGUUGAAAUCUUAAUACAUAGAAUAAAGUGAUGUUUUAGUCACUAAUGUAAUUCCAGGCUUGCAAUUUUCUCCAAAUUGCUGUGGAAGAACUUGACUGGUCUACACAGAGUCCUGACCCCAAACCCAUCCAGCAUCUUCGGGAUGAACUAACAUGUUGACUAAGAGCCAAGGCUUAACUGAUUAAUGCUCUUGAGGUUAGAUGAGAUACAAUCUCUGAAGCCCUGUGGAGAGACUGAAAUAAAGGUUUGAAACAUUGGCAUCAUAUAAAUACCCAUUGUGUCAGAAUCAUGUAUUAUGUCACAAGUGAAAGGUGUCCUGAAAUAUUCAUCAAAUAUGAUUUCUUUUUAAAGUGGUGUCAAAAGGUUCUGUAUUUUUUGGUUUAAACUGUGUAAAUUAA